AUGGUAAGCAUAUCGACGAAAUGUUUCAAAGUAUCAAAUACAUCUUGUUGCAAUGUGGACACAAGUAUUGGAGGGCUUUGUUUGCCAAACUCAAAAGUAUGCAAGAACAGAAAUGAGUAUGUGUUUUGGGAUGCCUUCCAUCCCUCUGAUGCUGCUAAUGCUGUCUUGGCUCAUAAACUCUUUUCAUCUUUAUUCCCUUCUUCUUCUUCUUCUUCUUCUUCUUCUCCGACGCCCUCUCCUUUGCCCUCCCGUUUCAAAGUAUCAAAUACAUCUUGUUGCAAUGUGGACACAAGUAUUGGAGGGCUUUGUUUGCCAAACUCAAAAGUAUGCAAGAACAGAAAUGAGUAUGUGUUUUGGGAUGCCUUCCAUCCCUCUGAUGCUGCUAAUGCUGUCUUGGCUCAUAAACUCUUUUCAUCUUUAUUCCCUUCUUCUUCUUCUUCUUCUUCUUCUUCUCCGACGCCCUCUCCUUUGCCCUCCCGUUUCAAAGUAUCAAAUACAUCUUGUUGCAAUGUGGACACAAGUAUUGGAGGGCUUUGUUUGCCAAACUCAAAAGUAUGCAAGAACAGAAAUGAGUAUGUGUUUUGGGAUGCCUUCCAUCCCUCUGAUGCUGCUAAUGCUGUCUUGGCUCAUAAACUCUUUUCAUCUUUAUUCCCUUCUUCUUCUUCUUCUUCUUCUUCUUCUCCGACGCCCUCUCCUUUGCCCUCCCGUUUCAAAGUAUCAAAUACAUCUUGUUGCAAUGUGGACACAAGUAUUGGAGGGCUUUGUUUGCCAAACUCAAAAGUAUGCAAGAACAGAAAUGAGUAUGUGUUUUGGGAUGCCUUCCAUCCCUCUGAUGCUGCUAAUGCUGUCUUGGCUCAUAAACUCUUUUCAUCUUUAUUCCCUUCUUCUUCUUCUUCUUCUUCUUCUCCGACGCCCUCUCCUUUGCCCUCCCGUUUCAAAGUAUCAAAUACAUCUUGUUGCAAUGUGGACACAAGUAUUGGAGGGCUUUGUUUGCCAAACUCAAAAGUAUGCAAGAACAGAAAUGAGUAUGUGUUUUGGGAUGCCUUCCAUCCCUCUGAUGCUGCUAAUGCUGUCUUGGCUCAUAAACUCUUUUCAUCUUUAUUCCCUUCUUCUUCUUCUUCUUCUCCGACGCCCUCUCCUUUGCCCUCCCGUUUCAAAGUAUCAAAUACAUCUUGUUGCAAUGUGGACACAAGUAUUGGAGGGCUUUGUUUGCCAAACUCAAAAGUAUGCAAGAACAGAAAUGAGUAUGUGUUUUGGGAUGCCUUCCAUCCCUCUGAUGCUGCUAAUGCUGUCUUGGCUCAUAAACUCUUUUCAUCUUUAUUCCCUUCUUCUUCUUCUUCUUCUCCGACGCCCUCUCCUUUGCCCUCCCGUUUCAAAGUAUCAAAUACAUCUUGUUGCAAUGUGGACACAAGUAUUGGAGGGCUUUGUUUGCCAAACUCAAAAGUAUGCAAGAACAGAAAUGAGUAUGUGUUUUGGGAUGCCUUCCAUCCCUCUGAUGCUGCUAAUGCUGUCUUGGCUCAUAAACUCUUUUCAUCUUUAUUCCCUUCUUCUUCUUCUUCUUCUCCGACGCCCUCUCCUUUGCCCUCCCGUUUCAAAGUAUCAAAUACAUCUUGUUGCAAUGUGGACACAAGUAUUGGAGGGCUUUGUUUGCCAAACUCAAAAGUAUGCAAGAACAGAAAUGAGUAUGUGUUUUGGGAUGCCUUCCAUCCCUCUGAUGCUGCUAAUGCUGUCUUGGCUCAUAAACUCUUUUCAUCUUUAUUCCCUUCUUCUUCUUCUUCUUCUCCGACGCCCUCUCCUUUGCCCUCCCGUUUCAAAGUAUCAAAUACAUCUUGUUGCAAUGUGGACACAAGUAUUGGAGGGCUUUGUUUGCCAAACUCAAAAGUAUGCAAGAACAGAAAUGAGUAUGUGUUUUGGGAUGCCUUCCAUCCCUCUGAUGCUGCUAAUGCUGUCUUGGCUCAUAAACUCUUUUCAUCUUUAUUCCCUUCUUCUUCUUCUUCUUCUUCUUCUUCUCCGACGCCCUCUCCUUUGCCCUCCCGUUUCAAAGUAUCAAAUACAUCUUGUUGCAAUGUGGACACAAGUAUUGGAGGGCUUUGUUUGCCAAACUCAAAAGUAUGCAAGAACAGAAAUGAGUAUGUGUUUUGGGAUGCCUUCCAUCCCUCUGAUGCUGCUAAUGCUGUCUUGGCUCAUAAACUCUUUUCAUCUUUAUUCCCUUCUUCUUCUUCUUCUUCUUCUUCUUCUCCGACGCCCUCUCCUUUGCCCUCCCGUUAA